AUGGGGGUCUGGAAGCGGCUCGUGGGCAAGAUCAAGACCAAGGACAAGGACCCAUCGCCCUUCAAUGGUGUCCUCAAGACUCAAGAGGGGCCGGGCUCCCUCCCCCAAAAUGGGACGAAGAAGGACUUACCCACUGACAUUCCCUCCCUCCUCAAGGCCCUGGACUCCUCCGAUCCCAAGACGUCCGGUCGCGCCGCGGAGGCGCUGUACAAUGCAGCCCUGGAGGACAGCGCGGUGUGCCGUGCCGUGUGCGCCAAGCACCUGCCCCGGGCGAGCGCGCUGCUGUCCUCCUCCAGCGCCGCCACGCAGAUGUUCUCCGCCUACCUCAUCUCAGCACUGGCUGGCACCUCCCCCAGCAUCAACCGGGAGCUCUCACGCCUGAAGGUGGCGUCCACGCUGGCGUCGGGCCUGGCCGCCACCCACUCCACGGGCGUGUCGCGCGGCAUGCUGCGCGCGCUGAGCAAGCUGGCGGGCCCCAGCGCCUCGCCCGAGGACACCGUGGACCAGCUGGUUGCGGCGCGGGGCCUGGCCACGCUGGCGAGCCGCCUGGGCUCGCAGGACCUCGGCAUCGUACGGCGCUGCCUGGACCUGCUCACCGUGGCUGCGCGCCUGCGCCCCGACCCCGCGGUGGACGCCCUGCUGGGCCAGAAGGCGGCGGUGGGCGCCCUGCUGGGCCUGCUGCGCUCCACUGUCAUGGAUGUGCAGGCCGGGGCAAUGACGACCAUGCAGGUCUUGGCAGAGGUCGAGGAGGCGCGGCACGCGCUGCUGGACAAGGGUGCGCUGGAAGGCCUGGCUUUUGUCACCGACACCAGCAGCGUUGCGGAGCUGCGCAUGCAGGCCAACGCCACGCUGCAGGCCCUCCAGCCCCAGGCCCUAGUCAUGUCGGCGGGGGGGACCACGGCGGCGCAGAGCGGGCUCUACGACAGCGCCCUGCUUCCAGGCAUGCACCGCGCGGCAGAGAUCCGGCAGGCCCCCGGGGCGGCAGCGGGGAGCGAGGGGCCCAGUCCUGCGUCCGGCGCGGGCGCGGGGGCGGAGUCUGCUGCAGGCCCGGGGUCGCCGGCGCUGCCUCUCUCCCCGGGGCCGCUGCAGCUGCCGGCGCCGCCCUCCCCCCGGCCCUCCUCCGCCCCCUCACAAAGUACAGACACCACCCCGGCCCCGCCCGACCCCGCGCGCCGCUGCGCCAGCGAGCUGCGGGGCCCCAGCCAGCGCCGCCGGCUGCUGGGCGCCGAGGACGCCGCCGAGCUGGCCGCACGCGACCCUGGCGCGCUCCUGCGCGCCGGGGCGCUGGCGCCGCUGCUUGCGGGGAGCGGUGCGGCGGAGGGCGGGGACGAGGCGCCCACCCCGGACCCCUUCCGCGCCCACCGGGGCAAGCACGCCGCCGCCGCGCUGGGCGUCCCGGACUCCACGCCCAGCCCGUCUGGCGUGGUCCCGGCCGACCAGGGCUCGGCCUCCGCGGCCACCUCCGCGGACAGCGCCGCGGCCGACAGGGGCCCCUGGGAGGCGCACGCGCCGCGCUUUCUCGCGACCCGACACCCCAUCUUUGCCAUCGCGGAGGGGGUGCACAGCGAGAGCGACCGCUCGGCGAUGGAGGGGCCGGACGCGCUGGGGCCCGACACCUCCAGGGAUGUCGAGGACUUCUUUGCAGACCACCAGGACUGGCUGGUGGCUGAUGCAGACAUCGAGCUGUGCCGGGAUGGCCGUGGCAGGCCCAUUAAACUGGGCGAGGGCGGGUUUGGCAUAGUGUACAAGGGUCUGGCGCACGGCGUCGACGAGGUGGCGGUGAAGCGUAUUCGCGCUGAGCAGCCCUCCCCUGCCCAGAUCAAGGUCUUCAGGGACGAGAUCAACUGCCUGCGCCGCCUCAACCAUCGCAAUAUUGUGCAGGUGGGCUGGGAGUCGUGCAUUGGCGGGGACUUGUAUGGCGCCCUGCGCCGCCACCCCGAGCUCUUGGCCUGGGACAAACUGGGCCGGAAGGUCGCGCUGGACGUCGCGCUGGGCCUCCACUACCUCCAGUCCCGCCGGCCUCCCGUCCUGCACCGGGACCUGAAGAGCCCCAACAUCUUACUCACAGGCGAGGGUGUGGCCAAGAUCGCAGAUGUGGGCAUGUCUCGGCGAAUGGUCAGCGACCUUGCCACGGCGCAGCCCAUCAUGACCCCACUCUGGUCGGCGCCAGAGGUCUUGCGGCGGGAACGCGUCAGCGCAAAGGCGGACAUGUGGAGCUACGGCGUGCUGGUCUGGGAGAUCGUGACGGGGCAGGACAUCACUAAGUUCCAGCCUCUGGCCCUGACCCGGGUGUCGGAGCAGUCGGGCAAGCGGGCGGUCCAGCCGUCGGAGGCGGGGAACGAGGCCGGGACCGAGCUCACACUGGGCGAGGAUGCGCCGGCCAUGGCGCGCCACAUCUUCCAGCAGUGCACCCACCUGUCCCCCGCCCUGCGGCCCAGCGCCACCCAGGUCAUCGAGUGGCUGCGCAGCGAUAUGUGA